UUAACGUGUGUUUUUAUGGUGCUUUUACGUUGCAACUUGCAUGGAACCAGUGGUUAUUCAGUAACGGGACCAACGCCUUUACGUGACUUCCGAACUACGUCGAGAGUGAACUUCUAUCACCAGAAAUACACAUCUCUCGCUCCUCAUUGGGAUGGCCGAGAAUCGAACCCGCGACCACCGAGUGCAAUACCUCCGUGCGAAACUCCUGUGGGACAAUGGAAGCACACGAAGAUCCAGCUGCCUGCAAGUUUACACAGCAUUUCACGAAACCUACGUCUUAAUUGGAUAAUAUAUCUGAGUCUUCUAUCACCACAAUUAUGGUCAAGGAGCAUGGCCAUGAAAACAAAUGAUGUACUAUGUGAUGCACCGAGUGUCAUUCAGAAAGAAAAAACUGAGGUAAAUGACUGUGGGUUUCAGAUUGACACAACUCCUUAUACCUCAGUGAGUGAAGGGAAAGCUGAAGUUUUGUUUCCUUCGACUCACGACGUCUUUUACAACCCAGUCCAAGAAUUCAAUAGAGAUUUAAGUGUUGCAGUGUUACGACAGUUUGCUAGUGAACAUCAAGAUGGUAUUCGUAUAUUAGAAGGUUUAGCUGCAUCUGGACUGAGGUCAAUUCGUUAUGCACGUGAAAUUGAAGGCGUCAAAGAAGUUGUUGCUAAUGACAUUUCAAAGCAAGCUAUUGAGUGUAUGAAGCGCAACAUUAAGCAUAAUAAUGUUGAGGGUGUUGUCAUCCCAAGUCACAAAGAUGCCAGCAUGUUGAUGUAUGAAAACCGAGAGCCAAGCAAAAGGUUUCAUGCAAUAGACUUAGAUCCGUAUGGUUCCCCACACAUCUUUCUGGAUGGCGCUGUACAGUGUGUAAUUGAUGGAGGAAUCUUACUUGUGACUUGUACAGACAUGGCUGUGCUUUGUGGCAAUUCUCCAGAAACCUCGUACACAAAGUAUGGAGCAGUUUCAGUUAAAAGCAAAGCCUGCCAUGAAAUUGCCUUACGAAUUGUUCUCCAGUGCAUUGAAUCCCACGCAAACCGAUAUGGAAGAUAUAUUGUACCAUUGCUGUCGUUGAGUGCAGAUUUCUAUGUGAGAGUGGUGGUACGUGUUUUCACCAGCCAGGCAAAAUGCAAAGAAACAUUUUCAAAGGUAUCCUGGCUUUACCAGUGUGUUGGAUGUGAAACCUUCACCUUGCAACCUUUAGGACGUAUACUUGUCAAUGGAAGGAGUGUCAAGUAUCAGUUAUCGCAUGGACCAUCGGUAUCACAGUCGUGUACGCACUGUGGGUACAAACAUAUAAUGGCAGGUCCCAUGUGGUCUGCACCUAUUCAUGACAGAGAAUUUUUAAAGAACCUUAAGGAAUCCUUGAUUGAAGAAGACUUUACAACUUAUCGCCGAAUGUUUGGUACAUUGACAAUGAUGGAAGAGGAACUACCAGAUGUUCCCCUUUUCUAUGUAGUUGACAAACUUGCUGCUGUAGCUGGAAUAAAUCUGUGUAAAAUGGUGCAGUUUCGCUCGGCACUCCUAAAUGCCGGCUAUGAUGUUUCCAUGUCUCACACUUGCAAAGCCUCUAUUAAAACUAAUGCACCAGCUCAGUUAAUAUGGGAUAUUGUAAGAGCUUGGGAAAAAAUCCAUCCAGCCAACAGAGCAAAAAUGAAAGAUGAUAGGGCAGGCAAGAGGAUCCUAGAAAAAGCCUCAGAACACACAAUCAGCUUUGAAUGUCAUCCUGAUGCUAAUCCAGAGUCUAGACGUAAAGAGCUGCUUCGCUUUCAGGUUAAACCAGAGAAAAACUGGGGACCUAAGUCCAGAGCAAAGACAAGCUUAUUCCAUACACAUGAAGAAGAGAAAAGAGUAAGAAACCAGGGAAAGAAGAGGAAACAUCACAAUGAUUCCCAUGUUUUAGAACAAACUUCAAAAGAGAAUAAACAUAUUGUAAAAGAUACAGAUUGAGAAAUAUAUACUUUUUAUAAGCAAGAA